GGGGCGGGGGAGCAAUAGAGAGAGAGAGAGAGAGCACGGGCGCCGCGCGCGCGUGCGCGUGCCUGGACACCAGCAGGGGCCAGCACAGCGCCGUGCGCAUCGAGGCCCCGGGCACACCACCGAGGCGCCACCUCCUCCUCCUCCGUAGGCAUUUUGGCUCAAGGAUUUGUUGCCCUCCCAAUUGGUUUUAAGUUCUGCUUCGUUGUGGCUGCUCAUGGCGUCUGCCAUGACAUCUGCCCUGGCAUCUGCCCUCGCAUCGCCACUGUUCAGCCCGACAGUGGGCUCGGAUGCUUUGCUGAAUCCAUGGGUGCUGGCCAUCAUCCUCGCUCCGGCCAUCGGCUCCAUCGGCAUCCCGACUUUGCUCACCUUCGUCCCCCACGACGGCAAGCCACAGCUCCACACGCCAGAUGCCCCGCCGCCCGAGGAGAUCUGGCGCGCGAUGCCAUUCCUGGACCGCGUCACACACGCGGCGCGGGACGUUGCCGCGCACAGCCCCAACCACGGCAUCAUGACGUACUGGAAGCACAUCCGCUUCUGGAUCGGGGGCUGCGUGUUCAAUUCUGUCACUUUGGCGCUCGUCCCGAGGCCAUACGACAUGUCUCUGGACGAGUGGGCACAGCAGGCGUUCGUGAAGAGCGUGAUCCUGCACGCCGUGGGUGAGGGCAUGGGCUUCUUCAAGCAGGGCCCCCUCUGGGGGAAUCGCGCCUGGCCUGACACAUGGAAGUAUCAGAUCACCCCCGGGACCUUGAAGCAGCCUCUCUUUCCCAAGGUGUUCGGCCACAAGAGGACGUACUUCGACGUGGCGGUGCACGGAUCGUUCUUUGUCAUGUCGAUCGCGGCUCAGCUCCUGCCUCGCGUGCCAACGUGGUGGAUCUGGGUGUUCAACGCCCAGUGCACGUGGUGCAUGGUGAGCGACUUCCACUUGUGGCUGCAACGUGUGGGCUACACGUACAUGUACCUGACGUUGGCGGCCGGUUUCCCUGCCAACCAGGGCCGGUUGGCUGGCAUGCAACUUGUGUGGCUGUUCCAACGCCUAGGCUGUGGUGUGGGGAAGUUGGGACCGUGGUUUUGCUACGUCAUCGGCAUCUUCAUGCAGAGCCACCCGACUUGCAAAGACAGCGAGAAUUACAGGUCCUUGAUCCACCGCGGCCCAGACGACUUCGGGCCUUCCACAUUUUGCAAGAAGCUUGGCUACUUUGCAGAGCUAUGGGAGACAUUCUGGCCAAUGACAGUGCUGCUCACUUUCUCCCCGCUGAUCUGCAGGAUUGGUGUCGCGGGGCUUGUCGCCAUGCACACCUUCAUCAUCAUAGCACCCGCAUUCAUCGACGUGGUCAUGUGGAACGUCGCUUUCAUCAUCGGCGACGUGUACCUCUUCGUGUGGGCCUCGUGCGGAUUCGAUUGGACGGGUUUGUUGUCCAUGCACCCGAUGUUAGUUCUGUUCCUGGUGGCCGACCUGUUCGCCACCACGGUGCUGAUGCAGUACCCGAAGGCAUGCUCGCGCUACUUCCGCCACGCGCAUUACACGGGCAACUGGCCGCAGAUGUCGUUUUUGAUCAAGAAGUCCGUCGUGGACAAGGUGGACAGCAAGGUGAAGACGUUCGGCAACAAGGCGUGGAAUAUCGCUUCUGAUGGUUUCGCUGGUGAAUACAAGACUUACAAGGGCUUGGCCUACUCUUGGCUGAUGAACCUGGACGCCAAGAUCUUCCCAGCACUCGUGCAGCGCGCCUGCGCCAUGGCAGGGGAGACCCCGGACUCGUACUACAUCCAGGGCGGGCACCACUUCAUGGAGUACCUCCAGGGCGCUGGCUGCGAUGGUCAACAGGGCCCCCGUUUUGCGAAGAUGUUGUGCAAGGAGUGCGGCUUGGAGCCAGGCGAUCUUUUGGUUGUGUGGAUAUGGGCUUUUCCGGUCUUCCAGGCAUGGCUUGACCCUGAGAACUGCAAGGCCGAAUGGGAGAUCCAUGAUUCCACGCAGGGGACGAGCUUCGACAUGCCUAUUGCCAAGGGAGCCGUGUCCAUGCAUUGCCUGAUGGCCUGCGACAGCUUGCCGACCGCGGGUGCGAAGUUGUUGUGCUUCAAAGAUGACGCAGCCGAGGGCGUGAUGAAGGCGGCCAUGGGAGCGUGAAGGCCGCUCCUGCGCCACAGAGCCGGUCGUCUAGUGAGGGUUGAUCCAGCGCCGCUGAACAGAUAUAUUGUUUUUCUCGACGCGCGCCCCGCUUUCCCGGUCCAAGGUCGGCGGCGCCUAAUACUGCUUCGCGAAUUGUCAAUUCUCGAAAUCGAACAAUCGUUGCAUGCCCAUUGUAAUUCCAAUGGCGCCUUUUUGCCUUCGAUGUAUAUAGCGACUCUUGCUCGCAAGUUCCGUCAUCUCCCACUGCUGGCCAGAAGGUGAUCACGACGGCAAACUUUUCCACAGCGGCCGUUCGGCCUUGCCUAUCCUUGUUUCCAAAUCAGUAGAGCAAGACCUGCUCCAAUACGCUGAGCCCCAGCGUCGCGAAUUGUCAAUUCUCGAAGUCGAACAACCGUUACAUGUACAUCGUAUUUCCGAUGGUGCCUUGUUUGCCUUUGAUGUAUAUAGCGACUCUUGCUCGCAAGUUCCGUCAUCUUCCACUGCUGACCUCCAGGCGAUCACGACGUCAAUUUUUUUCACUGCGGCCGUUCGGCAGAGCAAGACCUGCUCCGAUACGCUGAGCCCCAGCCAGGGAUGACAAGAUCGGCAGCGGACACUUUAAGAAAACAUAUUGCGAAGGC